AUGUCCACACAGCGGCUUCGGAAUGAGGACUACCACGACUACAGCUCCACUGAUGUAAGUCCGGAGGAGAGCCCAUCCGAAGGCCUAAGCAACUUCACCCCAGGCUCCUACCAGCGUUUUGGGGAAAGCAAUGGCACAACAUGGUUCCAGACCUUGAUCCACCUGUUAAAAGGCAACAUUGGCACAGGACUUCUGGGGCUGCCUUUGGCAGUGAAAAAUGCAGGCAUCUUGAUGGGUCCCCUCAGCCUGCUGGUGAUAGGCAUCGUGGCCGUGCACUGCAUGGGUAUCCUGGUGAAAUGUGCGCACCAUUUCUGCCACAGACUGAACAAACCCUUUGUGGACUAUGGGGAUACAGUGAUGUAUGGACUAGAAUCUAGCCCCAUCUCCUGGCUACGGAACCACUCCCACUGGGGAAGGCACAUUGUGGACUUCUUCUUGAUUGUCACUCAGCUGGGAUUUUGCUGUGUGUAUUUUGUAUUCCUGGCUGACAACUUUAAACAGGUGAUAGAAGCAGCCAAUGGGACCACCAACAACUGCCACAACAAUGAGACAGUAAUUCUGACCCCCACCAUGGACUCACGACUCUACAUGCUCAGCUUCCUGCCUUUCCUGGUGCUGCUGGUUUUCGUCAGGAACCUCCGAGCCCUGUCCAUCUUCUCCUUGUUGGCCAACAUCACCAUGCUGGUCAGCCUGGUCAUGAUCUACCAGUUCAUUGUGCAGAGCAUCCCAAACCCCAGUCACCUCCCCUUGGUGGCACCCUGGAAUACCUACCCUCUUUUCUUUGGCACGGCCAUUUUUGCAUUUGAAGGCAUUGGCAUGGUUCUGCCCCUGGAAAACAAAAUGAAGGAUCCUCAGAAAUUCCCCUUCAUCCUGUAUGGGGGGAUGGCCAUCAUCACUGCCCUGUACAUCAGCUUGGGGUGCCUGGGGUACCUGCAAUUUGGACCUCACAUCCAAGGCAGCAUAACCCUCAACCUGCCCAACUGCUGGUUGUACCAGUCGGUCAAGCUGCUCUACUCCAUUGGCAUCUUUUUCACCUACGCCCUCCAGUUCUACGUCCCUGCAGAGAUCAUCAUUCCCUUUUUUGUGUCUCGAGUACCAGAGCAUUGUGAAUUAGUCGUAGAUCUAUUUGUCCGCACGGUCCUGGUCUGCCUGACAUGUGUCUUGGCCAUCCUUAUCCCCCGCCUGGACCUAGUCAUCUCCCUGGUGGGCUCCGUGAGCAGCAGCGCCCUGGCCCUCAUCAUCCCACCCCUCCUGGAGAUCACCACCUACUACUCAGAGGGCAUGAGCCCCCUCACCAUCGCCAAGGAUGCCCUGAUCAGCAUGCUGGGCUUUGUGGGCUUUGUGGUGGGAACCUACCAGGCCCUGUAUGAGCUGAUCCAGCCAAGCACUGCUCCCAUUGUCAUCAACUCCACCAGUGCCUUUGCAUAG